CAGAACCCGCUUUCGCGCCAGUUCUACGCUUCGUCUGCUCCAUCUUCAUCAGUUGCUUCGAACGCACAGAAACAGAACCGGCCGCGUCGCCCCCCUGUUCCUCUGUUCCCGCAAAGCACUGGUAACGUACCACAAGGCAAUAUGAUCAUCCAAGAGGAGUUCACUGCCUUCGAAGGCGGUGCUUCCACCUCGGCGUAUUCUUCACCGGCGAUGCCGAGCGUGUUCGACCUGAGCGGCAGUUCUUCCAGCCCGACAACCAACAUGGGCACUGUUUCGCCGCAGGAUCUCCUGGUCCAUGAGCCGUUCAUGUCGGCACCCAACUCCGCCGCUCUGACCGCUCUCACGUCACCUUCGAUCUAUAACGGGUCGCCCGACUUCUGCGACAGCUACGAUGUUUCCCCUAGCUUCGGAAGCGGUGACUUCGACAACGGCUCCACCGACACCUGGUACCCCCUGUUCCCUCCAACCGAGCCUCAGCCGGAAGUGCCGCAGAGGGCAACAAGCACUGAGGGAUCUUCCGCGUCGAAGUCGCACGACCUGGAGGCGACGGAGUCCACUUCCGAACAUCGCCGCAAGUCGUCGGGCGCUUCGCCCCCGUCUAGUCGUCCCUCCUCGUUUGUUGGCGUUAGCUCGCGCCGUCGCGACAAGCCUCUGCCUCCCAUCAUUGUGGAGGACUCGAAUGAUGUUGUCGCCGUGAAGCGGGCGCGCAACACGCUUGCCGCACGCAAGUCGCGCGAGCGUAAAGCACAGCGUCUUCAGGAGCUGGAGGAGAAGAUCGUGGAGCUGACGGCGGACCGUGAUCAUUGGAAAAGGAUCGCCCUUGCGCAUGGUGCAAAGGAGUAGAACUUUUGAGUGGCUUUGGCUCUUGGAAUGGUAGAUUUAACCCUCAAUGUCCUCAUAUUGUCAUUGAGGAGGGUUUUUGACUGAGUUCUUUCCGUGUCUUUUCUACCCUGGGAUAUACUUAUGACGCUCGUCAUUCAUAAAUGACCAGGCUUGAGUUUCAUUCAGGUGGUUAUCGUCUUUGGGGUCUC